AUGCAUUUGACGCAGUGGGCGCUCGCGACGGUCUCGCUGGUGUCCUUGGCGUUCGGCCAGACGUGCUACUGGCCGAGUGGUAGUACGGCAUCUGCUCUGCAGCCAUGUUCAAUAUCCUCUGGCAAUGAGGUCGCGGCAUGCUGCUUCGCGAACCACUACUGCAUGACCAACGGCCUCUGCCUCUCACCGACCGAAGGGACAUGGUAUCGCGGCGGGUGUACGGACAAAGAGUACAAAAAGACAGGAUGCCCCGAGUUUUGCCACACCAGUGAUAUUGUUGGCGGAAUACCUGGCCGGCACGCCGCGGUAUGGGCAUGCGCUUCCAAGGUCUUCGCGUGUAGCAGCCUCGACAACUGCGCGAAGCAAAACUUCACCGCCGGCAUAUACAGGGCGGUGAUGAACCGAGCCCUGCAGACGGAUCUUGCGAACGACACAGCUUCGGCGACGGCGACAGCGACAGCGACGGCCACGGGUACUGAAGCGUCCAGCACGGAAAUCGAGACUGAGGAGGCCAGCACCACGACAUGUCCAGCCGACGCGCAGGUCAGUCCAGGAAUAUCGACGGGAGCCGCGGCGGGGAUUGGAAUCGGCGUCGGCCUGCCGCUGGCCAUUGCGGUGGCCGCGUUGACAAUCAUGCUCUUGCGCGAGAAGAAGAAGGCCCGGGAGGCAGUCGCCGCGAGCUACCAGCAACAAUCCGGGUACGGCCAGCAACCCUACACCAUCACACCGUCCCCAUGGGGCAAACAGGAGACAGACUAUGUUCCGGCAGCGGAGGUCUCCGGCCAAUCGAUGCCUGAGCUGGAUAGCAGCGUCCAUGGCAGACAUGAGCUUUCCCAUUGA